AUGUCGUCUCAAGAGCCGAGCACGUCCUCGUCCAGAGCAUCAUCAGCUCAACAAACCCUGGAUAUCCUUUACGACAUGUCGCAAUUGCUGAACACCCAACUGGAUCGAGAACAGCUUGCGACGUGUGUUGCUAUGAUUGAAGGUGGUGUCAACCCCGAGGCACUAGCUGUAGGUGUCAUACGAUGAUCAUGGUGGCAGGGCACAUUUUUACAACAGCGUUUGCAGGCAGUCAUUCGAGAUCUAAGAAAGGCAGCUGCACAGGACACAGCGUCCGCGACAAAAAC